AUGUGUUCUGCCCCCAGUGGGGCGAGCCAGCCCGCUGGGUUAACAAAUUUGUGGGAUACUAAGUUGGAUGCAAAGUGGGAAAGAGAAAUCAGAAAGAUUAUUAAAACCUUAAGAUGCAUGGAGUGGAGCCUCCUGCCCCUCGCCAUGGAGGAGAUACUGCAGCAGACAUCUGUGGUGAGUGGUCGCUUCCUUGGGGACCCCUCAUAUGAGUAUGGGCACACGGAGAUGCAGAUGGUCAACGACGGUGACAAGGUCUUUGAAGAGGAAGUGGUGGUUCAUAUCAAGGAGGAGAACCGUUUGGUGUCCAUCAUUGACCAGAUUGACAAGGCUGUGGCUAUUGUCCCCCGAGGUACCUUCUUCAAGACUCCUUUUGGACCUACUCAUGUCAACCGGACCUUUGAAGGACUGUCCUUGUCUGAGGCCAAGAAGCUCAGUUCCUACUUCCACUUCAAGGAGGUCGUUGAACUGAAGAAGACGUUACUUGAGAGGGCUGACCUGGAUCCAUCCCUGGAUUUUAUGGACUCUCUGGAGCACGACAUCCCCAAAGUUUCCUGGAGCGUCCAGAUGGAGAGAGGCAACACCUUGGUGGUGCUGCGCAGCCUGCUCUGGCCAGGCCUCACCUUCUACUAUGCCUCCUUCACCAGAAACUACGGCUACAUCUAUGUGGGCACUGGGGAGAAGAACAUAGACUUGCCCUUCAUGCUAUAA